CUCAAGGCUCUGCAUACUAUUUCACGUUGAAGAGUAUUACACCGAAGACGACAACGAUGUUGCAUUUACUAGUCAUCCUUGCGGCUACCAGUUUUACCCUAACAGCCUCACAAUUGAUAGCAAUUUCAGCUCCAACAUAUACGAUUUUAAGUGGUGAUUUCACAUGGCAUGAGGCAAAAGGAAAGUGUGAACAGAUGGGUGGAUUUCUGGCGGAGCCACGCACGAAGACGGAAAAUGACAAAAUUGCGAAUUUAUGUGGGAAAGAAACAUAUUGGAUUGGCAUUACCGAUUUAAACCAUGAAGAUACAUUCACUUACGCCAGAGAUGAUUCGACAAUUAUAUACAGUAACUGGUCUCCCAGUGAGCCAAGCAUCUCACUAGGCGAACACUGUACACAGAUGUAUGUCGAUGGUACAUGGAAUGAUCAGAACUGUAACGACCACAUGGGUGCAAUCUGCCAAUUCGAUGCUGGUUGUCAUGGUGAUCCACAUUUGAAAACAUUUGAUGGUCGUGCAUAUACAUUCCAAGGCACAUGCUGGUACACACUGUUCAAGGACUGCGCCGACAAGUCUCGUUUUGAAGUCACAACUAAGUUUGAACCAAGAGAAGAUAGUUCUCCAGACCAAGUCAGAACGAGAAUUGUCGCUUUCAAAGUUACUGUUGGAGAUGAAUACUCUAUAAUUGAUGGACUGGACAUUACUACAGGACGUACUGGUGGACAGAAGACUGCAGCAAGAGUUAUCACUGUCAAGGAGGAAGAUAAGAAUAUUAUUCUGAACUUCACUUCGAAAAACACAACAUUUACUCUGAAGUGGACUCUGAGAAAGCAUGCAUUAAGUGUUACUUACGAUGGCUCUUUUUAUCACGGAAAACUAUGCGGUCUGAUGGGUAAUGCUGAUGGUGUUGCUGCCAAUGAUUUUCAAAAACCAGAUGGUAGUGAUGCAAAAGAUGCUGAUGACUUUGGAGAAAGCUGGAAAGUAAACGAAAUGAAGUAA